AUGAACGGACACGUCGAGCAUGCUGACGAAGUGGCCGGUUUUGGCACACGCUUGAUCCAUGCAGGCUCCGCUCCGGAUGCUUCGACGAGCGCGGUCAUACCGAGCCUAUCGCUCAGCACGACUUAUCAGCAAGAGCGAGUCGGCCAUCACAAAGGUUUCGAGUAUUCUCGUGCUGGCAACCCCAACAGACUCGGCUUUGAGACCCUGCUCGCCUCACUCGAGCUGCCACACCCUACGCAGACGACAGGAGCUCAUGGACCGUUGGCGUUAUGCUUCUCGUCGGGUAGCAAUGCAACCGCGACGGUCAUUCAGGCUCUGCUGACACCUGGCGACCACAUGAUCUGUAUCGAUACUUGCUACGGUGGAACCUAUCGCUACAUCAAACGCGUAGCUGGACCCGUCCAACGCAUCGAUGCAGACUUUGUUGCGCUCUCUCUCAACGCCAAAGAAUCAGAUCCCAUCAGAGCCGCAGCAGAUAGACUCGAGACUGCGAUCAGACCAGGCAAGACCAAGCUCGUCUGGAUAGAGACACCCUGCAAUCCUACGAUGACGAUAGCAGACAUCGCCUCACUCGCCGCUGUAGCUCAUCGACAUCAGGCUCUCCUCGUCGUCGACAAUACGUUCAGCAGUCCCUACUUCUGUCAGCCUCUCACGCUGGGCGCAGACGUUGUGACGCAUUCGAUCACAAAGUUCAUCAACGGUCAUUCGGAUGUUGUGGCUGGAGCCAUCAUCACCCGUCAUGAACACCUCAUGCCUGCUUUGAGGUUCCAUCAGAAUGCAUCGGGCGGUGUGCCUUCGCCGUUCGACUGCUGGCUUGCUCAGAGGGGCGCAAAGACGCUCGAGAUACGCAUGCAGCGUUCUGCAUCGACAGCGCUCUACCUCGCGCAGUUCCUCUCGCAGAGCAAGCAAGUCCAAAGGGUCAAUUAUCCCGGCAUGAUCGAUCGUCCGCUGCGAGAAGUAGUGUGGAAUCAGAUGACGCCCGACUCACAAGCCUUUGCGCGUUCGCAAGGCUAUAGCAGCGAUACACAUAUACCCUCUAGCGGCAUUCUCUCCUUCUACCUGGCCAUUCCCGAAGGCAUCCAAGCGAUCACAGCAAGCGACGCCUUUCUCUCGUCUUUGCGCAUCGCCGUUCUCGCUGAGAGUCUAGGGGGUGUAGAGAGUCUGGCAUGCUUGCCUGCAGCGAUGACCCACGCUGCUAUCAGUCCGGAAGAUAGAGCAAAGGCAGGCAUAGAUGAUUCGCUCGUCAGACUUAGCGUCGGCUUAGAAUCCCCCGAAGAUCUCAAAGCUGACAUCGAGCGAGGUCUCCGGGCUGUCGCUGCCUUACGACCAUAG